GAGAAGAUUUAAAUAUUCAAGACAAAGAAUAUUCUAACAAAUUGGCGAGCCAGCCAGUCUUUAGUCAGUUUUCUACGGCGAGCCUUUACUGCACGUUUGUUUUUGACUUUUCCUCUUCCGACAAAAGGGGUAUAGUGUGCAGUUGUCUGAAGAGAUCAAAGAGAUCCUCUGACUAAAAACAAAAAACCUAGCAGUGUGAUCAGAAGAAAGUGUAAUUCGACACUACCAGACCAUUACAAGACCACGUGGUGAGAAGGAAGAGCAUUCCAGAACCGUGUAUCGUAGUGAGAGCAGACUGAGCAAGCAACUGAUCUACGUGUGUACAAAACAGAUCCAUGGGUGAUGCAGACUCCAACAAAAGUUCCUUAUGGCAAAGACAUUUGACUUUCAAGAAGAGACAAUCUUUUUUGUUUAUAGCAGUUCUGAUGAUGACAAUACUGAUGAUUGACUGUUUUAAGGAGGAUCCACAAAUUGAAGAAGAUCUACAGAUUCGACAACUAACUAGCCAAAUAAACGAAACUCAAGUGUUCCCAGACAUUAUUAGAAAGAAGAGAGAAAUGGAUGAUUUUAAUGGUCAUGUGUGUUUUGGUGUAAUGAAAGGGUACUUAUCAGUAUGUAACAUUAGAAUUAACUUUACUAGACAAAGUAAUGUAAGGUUAAAUGUUACGAUAGGGCCUAAACAUUUAUUUAGUUGGACUAAAGGGACCCACACACAAGAUGAUGAUAAAUUUGGGUCUUGGGAUCAUAUUAUAAAUGAAGUAGCGUACUUGAGUGUAGUUAUACAUGGUGAUGUGAUAGUAAAUUGGUCUGGAGAUCUAGCACCAAAUACUCCAGGUUUGACAGUAACUAAAGAUGGAGAAACUAGAACGAAGGUAUUAUACACGGAACAAGUAUGGUAUAAAUUUCUGCAACUAGGAACAAUACUACAAAAUAACAUAUCAAAUACACCUAUAGUAUGGAAAAUACAAGCAUUUAGGGAUUCAAAGUUUGUAAAUGUGGAAAUGGCAAUAACUGUUACAGAUUUGAUUAUUCCUAAUAUAGAAGUAUUUCCUAAUUCUAUAGAGAUCCUAGAAGGAAGGGAUCAAUUAGUGUUGACAUGUAGUAUUGAGUCGGUGUUAUCUCCUGAGUCUUUAAUGACAUGGACUAAGGGUGAUGAGUUCCUGGGAAGUUUUUCCAAUGCAAAUCCGAGUAUGAUACAUAGAGGUCUAGUAGGUAGAGUAGAAUGGUCUGAGAAGAGAUUUACAUAUCAUCAAGACCGGCCUACUCUCAAUGACAAUGGGAAUUAUCAGUGUUGUUUAAGAUUGAAAAAUUUUGAAAGGAAAUGUGUAGAUGUAAAUGUUACUGUCAUCUCACCAACAAUAUCUGUGUGUGAAAACAAAGUUUUUAAAGAAUCAAGUCCAUUUCAGGUAAACUAUCUCCAUUCCAAACCUCUCCUUUUAGAUGGUAAAUUUAUAACAAUAAUUUGGAAUUUUAAUAUAUCAGAGUGGAAAAUUUCAUCUAGAUUUCCACAAUGCAAAAAAUAUUUAUAAAAUAUGGAAAGAGGUGUUGAUGACUGGUUGGGUAGAAAUAAUACAAAUGUGAAUAGGAAAAAGAGAAAUGUAAUACAAGGAAUUUUAACAGGUGUAAAUACAGUAGAAAGUAUACUUAAUACUAUGGAUAUUAAGACACUAAAGUCUGAUUUGGAAACUGCAGGGUUAA